UUUAUAUUUUUCAAAAAUAUAUAAAUAUUCUGUUAUUUGACGGUGUAACGUUAGUAACGUUAGUAGUACUAAUAGGGCACAGUGUGUGCCCUAUGACGAUACAAAUCCCAAUUCCAGCUGUAUUUGAGAUUGGGUGUAUUAAUGUACUGAUAUGAGUGAUGUUGGUGGUGAUUCCACUGGAUGGUUGGUCUGCUGUAGGAACCAUCUAUUGCGUUUUCUUGUUUGUGGCGUACUUUUCGUGGCAGUCGGCUUUGAGCCUUGUGAACCCAUGACGACCUAGCGACGCGUACGCUUCGACUGCCUUGGGCACGCGGAUGACGUUGUCUGGGGCGUGUUGGAGGUAGAAGUCGGUCAACCACGUCGUCAUGGCACGCUCCCUCCGCUUUUGCCACAUGUACGGAAUCACAAAGAAGAUGGAUACGCAAAUGCCACCCACGACGGCGGCGCCACCAAGGCCGUCCCCAAACACAUAUCGCAUGGCCAAGUUGAAUGCAAGCCACGACAUAUUGUACCACGUGAGAAACGUUUGGAUCCGCUCGGGGUUCAGUUUGGCAUCAAUGUCACUAGGGAGGCUCGCGCCCGUGGACUUGAGCAAGGCGUCGAUCUGGUCACGGACAACCAAGUUGACAUUCUGCAUGCCACGGAGGUCCCCUGGGAACGCGUUGUUGGCCACUGCGGUGCCUUCGAAUGGUGCAGGAGGUUCCACGUCCUCAAGGGGAAGGUCGCUCGCCAAUAGCGCUUGGAUUUGUUCAACUUGUUCUGGUGAUAACACGUAGCCCUCCUUGUCGGCAUUGCCCGGGACGGCCAGGUCAGGGUUGGUACCCAAUCCAGCGGCGCCACCAUCUACACGGACGUCUUUGGCAACGCUUUCGGCCAUGGCGAUGCAUGCCACGGUCGACAACGCGAUGACAAUGUUCAAGCCCUUCAUUACGACUCCAGCUCUGGAAU